AUGUCGCAUCAGGGGAAACCUAUGUCGGAACUAGGGUUACAAACGCUGUCGGAUCGGUUAAGGAAUACGCUAAGUUACGGCGAAGAAGGUAACGGUGUCAACGUUAAUAAGCCGGACUUUCGGGAACUCGAUCUGGGAUCGCCAGUUUCGCCGCUGCGGACUCGGGCUGGUGGACUCACUACCACCACCGCCACUACAGCAACCAGCAGUAGUUCCAGUUCCUCCGGAUCGGUGUCGGGCCGCAGCACUGCGGGGGUCCACUUGAAUCCUCCGAGAAAAUCCGAUUCCAACAAUACCAGUCAUUCCGGCGAGCUUUCGAGCUGUUCCGUGGAGAGUUCCCCAUCAGCGACACGUAACUUCAAAGCGGGCCAUAACCGCACCGAUUCGGGCGGUAGUCACCAGCUAAUUUACGCCGGCAGUGGCUCUGUAAACUCUCCGGGGGCCAAUGUGCUUCCCACAGGGAACAUUUGCCCUUCCGGCAGGAUCUUGAAAACCGGCAUGUCCAGUCGGUCAACUAAGACCGACGUUUUGGGGUCCGGGACGGGUAAUUACGGCCAUGGCAGCAUAAUGCGGGGUGGUCCUACGUCAAAGCCCUGUGUGAUGACGGAUAACGGACCCAUAAAUUACUCAAGAGGACUAAUGGUUGGUGGAGAGUCAGUGAAGAGAACAGGAACGUGCAGUAAUAAUGAUCCAGAGGAGUUGAAGAGAAUGGGGAAUGAGAAUUACAGGAGGGGCAAUUUUGCAGAGGCUUUAAGCUUUUACAGUAAGGCAAUUGCGAUAUCCCCAGGCAAUGCCCCGUACCAUUUUAAUCGAGCAUCUGCUUUGAUGGGGCUGAGGCAAUUGGCCGAGGCUGUUCGGGAAUGCGAAGAGGCCAUUAGGUUGGAUCCAGGGUACAUUAGGGCGCAUCAUCGGCUAGGAUCUUUUCUACUUAGUUUAGGACAGGUUGAGAAUGCCAGGAAGCACCUCUGUUACCCAGGAUAUCAGCCUGAUGCAGUCGAGUUGCAGAAGUUGCAAACAGUGGAGAAGCAUCUAAACAAGUGCACCGAUGCCCGGAGAGUUGGUGAUUGGAUAAAUACAUUGAGGGAAGUUGAUGCUGCCAUUGCUUCUGGUGCCGAUGCCUCGCCACAGCUUUGUGCAUGUAGAGCAGAAGCUCUCUUGAAGCUCCAGCGACUAGAUGAUGCUUUUUUAGCAAUGUCUAACAUUCCUAAAUUUGAACCGUCUACCGGGAAGAUUUUCGGGAUGCAUUUUGAAGCAUAUAUAUUCUCUGUCAGUGCCCAAAUUGAGUUGGCAAGAGGAAGGUUUGAAAAUGCACUUACAGCUAUCGAGAAAGCGGGAAAGCUUGACCCACGUAAUGUUGAAAUCUUGGUUAUGCUCAAUAAUGUGAGGUUGGUGGGCCGAGCACGUGCUCGUGGGAAUGAUCUCUUCAAGUCAGAAAGGUUUACUGAAGCCUGUUCGGCUUAUGGGGAAGGGCUUAGGCUUGAUCCUUUUAAUUCCAUUCUUUACUGCAAUAGAGCGGCUUGUUGGUUCAAGCUUGGACAGUGGCAACUGUCAGUGGAUGACUGCAACCAAGCUCUCUGUAUUCAGCCUAAUUACAUUAAAGCUCUUCUUCGAAGGGCUGCCUCAAACUUCAAGCUUGAACGGUGGGAUGAAGCUGUAAGAGAUUAUGAGCGUUUGAGAAAGGAACUCCCCAGUGACAACGAGGUUGCCGAAUCUUUAUUUCAUGCGCAAGUUGCACUGAAGAAAUCACGUGGAGAAGAGGUUUAUAAUUUGAAAUUUGGUGGUGAAGUGGAGUCAGUUUCAGGGCUUGAGCAGUUUCAAGCUGCAAUCGCUUCUCCUAGUGCAUCUGUCGUCCAUUUUAAAGCGGCAUCCAACUUACAAUGCAAGCAGAUCUCUCCAUUCUUGGACACAUUAUGCACCCGAUAUCCAUCCAUAAAUUUUCUUAAGGUGGAUGUAGAAGAGAGUCCUGGCAUUGCACGUGUCGAGCAUGUUAACAUUGUGCCAACGUUCAAGAUAUACAGAAAGGGCAGCCGAGUGAAGGAAAUGGUCUGUCCAAGUCCAGAGGUAUUGGAGUCUUCGGUACGACAUUAUAGUAUUUAG